AACAAAAGUAAUCGAGUUCAUUCUAGGAUCAAAACUGCAUUUACAACUGUUUUCGGUAUUCUGCAAUUUUUGCGAAAGAGUUAAAUAUUAUGUAUUAUAAAUAAUUGUUCUUUCAGCUGCUGAAAAAAAUCCAAAUGUAGAGAUUUUUUUCAAGAAAAAAUUUUUGGACUGCAGUUUUAAAGAGGGGAGUUACAAAGUGCUAGCCCCUGAUGGAGGUGUGCAAGAAGACAAAACUGAUUUGCUGAUAGGAUGCGACGGAGCGUACUCAUCUGUCCGACGACAAAUGUUGAAAAUGCCACGCUUCAACUACAGUCAACAUUACAUCGAGCAUGGGUAUUUGGAACUCUGCAUACCUGCGACAGAAUCAGGCGAAUUUGCCAUGGAAAAGAACUACCUUCACAUAUGGCCCAGGCACACUUUCAUGAUGAUUGCUCUGCCCAAUCAAGACAAGACCUACACUGUCACUCUCUUCAUGCCAUUUGAAAUAUUUGAAUCCAUCAAGACACCUGACAACCUCAUUCAAUUCUUUAAAAAUAAUUUCUCAGAUGCCAUCCCUCUCAUCGGAAGGGAGAAACUAAUUGAGGAUUUUUUCAAAACACCUCCAUCUGCAUUAGUUUCGAUUAAGGUAAAUCCACUUCUUCUGACAAAUGAUAUUUAUUGAAAUUUUAUAAUACAA